CAGUGGAAUACAAAGGAAUAACGACGACGAUUAAUGUAAAAGAUUCAUGUAUAUGAAUCUCAAAACAUUCAUCUUGAGAUAUGUAAAGCCUUUAUUUGAAUAAAUACAUUACUUUAACAAAGUCAGACUAACUGCAUUUCCUUCCCAUUAAGAGCUCCAGGAGGAAAACUCCAAAGGAAUAAACAUCAACUUGAGUAAUUGUAGAAGCAACAAGUAGUUGUGUAUACAAGUUAAGUUGCUGAAGUAGAAACAGUUGCAGCAACUUGCCAGAGUUCAGAGGUACUAUUGAUAUUGUAAUCCCUGAAAAUGGAAGUAAAGUGGGACAAUAUAUGAGGUUGAAAUUCAGACUGAAUAUCCCUAAGCCGCUGCCUAGAGGUAAACCGAUAAAGUUAGGAUUGGAAACAAAAUGGGUUGAAACAAGAUAUGAAAACCUUCCUUAUCUUUGUUAUUAAUGUGGUAUUGCUUGGACAUAAUGUUAAGAAUUGUGUCCAAAGAGCCAAGGAUGCACAAUUAGGCACGCUAAAAAGCGAUCAGUUUGGGACAUGGUUAAAAGCAGAGAGUCAUGUUCUUUUCUCGGAAGUUCAGAGGCGCCAAGGGAUAAACAGUACUGAUAAGCAUCCUAAGGCGAGAAAUCUAAGCUCAGAAAUGGCAGAAGGGAGAAGAGUUGUAGGAAUUAUAAACAGUUUGCAGAACCUGGAAGGGGCAGUUGAAUCAAAAGGUAAGAAUAUUAUGGUUUUGAACGAGGAAGAUGACAUUGUGCUGAACAAAGAGGAAACAAACCAAGUACAGUCUAUGGAUUUAACAAAUUAUGGAUCAUGUGAGCAGGAAGUCAACAGUGACGGCAAUAAUGCUGAAGAGGGAACUUCUGGUGGUAUCAAAACGAUCUCUAUAAAGUGUGUGGAUAUGGAUUUGGGAAAGGAAGUUGUGCGCUUACAGUUGCCAGAAGGAAGAGAGGAUGCUGCUGAGCUUUAGUCGAAGGAGUUGAAAAAAUCAUACAUCAGGUUACCAUGGGCGGUGAUCAAAUAAACCAUAACAAUAUCAAUAUCAUAGAAAGACAAAAGGACCAGGUUUCCAAGUAGAAAAAGAAAAAGCAAGCAUUGUAAUGGAGGCUAUGGGAUAGCUGUGGUCAUUUGCUUCAUGCCUUUUGGUACCCCUAUUCAAUUUGUAGGGAAGGCCAUAACCGCUGAAGCACUAGCAAUUCGGGAGGCAUUCGAGGGAGCGCUACAACAUGGUUGGUCAAAGGUUCAUAUACUAUCAGACGCAAAGAAUGUGAUACAAAUGUUACAAAAGAAGUUGAUAAUAUCUUGAGAAAUAGAUACCACAUGGGAGGAUAUAUGACGACUGGUCUUUUGAAGAGAUUCAGCUUGUAUAUAUUCCUUGCACAUGGAAUGUGCUAGCUCAUAAUUUAGCUAAAUUCUCUAUUUCCCUUUCAUAUAGAGUUUCUUGGGAUUCUGCUUUCCCAUUUUGGGUUGUAAAUGACGCAAUGACGUCUUACAGACAAUUGAAGCAUGUUAUGCAGUAAUAAAAUGCAGUUGUUUAUUGGAAAAAAAAAAC